CACUGCGAGGUGCCGCAGGCAGCGUCCAACAUGGAGUCCGUGAGGAGGCGUGAGUGACUUUGUCAAGAGAGAGAAGAAUUGGGCAAACAAAAACGCCACUUCAUCAUUUACAAGUAUUCCGGUGGCACGGGGGCCAGCCUGCGGUGCCCAUAUUAGGUAAAAGGAAAAAAAAAACAAACAACCAAAGCCAGCGAAGAAUGCGACCGCGGAGCGCGCUGAAAAGUCGGCUUUAGAGCACUUUGGGUGACUUUCGAGGGCCGCGUGCGCCGUCUCCGCCUGAGCGAGUGAUCCGAGCGGACGAUGGUGGCGGCGGCUCGCGCCUAAACGACGGGUCUCCAGCGUGCUACACGAUCGUUUGUGCCAGGGCGAAAAUGCUGCUGUCUUUGGUCGUCCACACCUACUCCCUGCGCUACUGGUUUCCAGCGGCUGUCAUGCUGGGCACCGCGCCGGCGUACCUGCUGACCUGGGGCGUCUGGCGGCUGCUCUCCACUGUUGUGCCGGCCAGGCUCUACCACCGAAUGGACGACUUCAUCUACUCCAUCUACCAGAGCAUGGUGCUCUUCUUCUUCGAGAACUACACGGGAGUCGAGGUCAUCGUGUACGGCGAGAUACCAAAGAGGAAGGAGAACGUCGUCUACCUGUCAAACCAUCAGUGUACAGUUGACUGGAUUAUAGCGGACAUGCUGGCCAUCAGACAGGGUGCCAUCGGGCACGUGCGCUACGUGCUGAAGGACGGCCUCAAGUGGCUCCCCUUGUACGGCUGGUACUUCUCUCAGCACGGAGGCGUUUACGUCAAGCGAAGUGCGAAGUUCGACGAAAAAGCAAUGAGGAAGAAACUGGAGUGCCAGAGCGCAGUGGGCGCGCCCAUGUAUCUGGUCAUUUUCCCAGAGGGCACUCGCUAUAACCCAGAGCUCCAGAAAGUCAUCUUGGAUAGUCAAGCCUUCGCCCGUAAGGAAGGUCUCUCAGUAUUAAACCACAUACUCACGCCAAGAGUCAAGGCUGCUCAUAUAGCCGUGGAUGCCAUGAAGUCCCACUUGAAUGCAGUGUACGACGUGACAGUCGCCUACGAAGGAACCGUCGAUGCCAAAGGUGAAAGAAAGACUGCGCCAUCAAUGCCAGAGUUCUUAUGCAAGGAGUGCCCGCGGGUCCACGUGUACUUUGAGCGGGUCGAUGUCAACGACAUUCCUCGGGAGCCGCUGUUCUUUCGGAGAUGGCUACACGAGCGAUUUGAAAUGAAAGACCGGUUGAUGAGCGCCUUCUACCAGUCGGAGGAUCCGGAGCAGAGAAACAAGUUCCCGGGAGAAGGGCACAGGUCGGCGCUCAGCCUGAGGAAGACUCUGCCAUCUCUGCUGUUCCUGGGGGGGCUGACUGUGCCAAUGUUGUUGACGGAGUCGGGAAGGAGGCUCUACCUGAACACCUGGGUCUACGGCACUCUGGUGGGCUGGGCGUGGGUGAACGUGUGCCCGUGAAGACCCCUCAAAGCCUUCAGUCCACGACGAGAGUUUCAGGGACACCUUUUUUUAUUUUGAUGAAUUACGUGCUUCAGAUUCCAAUUUCUAUCGCCUUUUGGCUAAUUAUGUAACCACGCCCACUUUUGUAGACCCCUCCCUGACGGCAGACGUUUGUGACGAGACGUGGAGGAGUGCCAGUGUGCAGAGAUGCCCGCCGUCCUCUCCGUUCUCCUAGCCCAAGGUUUGCUGUGCCCGUCAUUCUGCCACCAUAGUGCUAAUGGGCCCUCGUCCCCCGAGGUCGCUGUGAGGAGUCAGGUGGUCAGCCGUGACGGGUGACGACGACCGCACCCCAACUCGCCAGACGGUGUCAUCGCCAUCUCGGCUGCCGCUCCCCAGUGUCCUGGUCUGAGGUGGCACCGGAUGGCAUUAUGUUCCCGUGGCCCUUGACUUGCCAGUAUAAGUUACAGGACAGUGUUACACUCGACUUGCGCCAUUGCACUUUGUGGAGCCGAGCUGAAUGCCAAAUCGGGGGUCCCGGUGCGCCAAUCGCAGAGCUUUAUGGCUGUGCCGGCCUCGCCCAUUUAGUUAGCAUCUUUAUAUUGCGACUGAUGUGCCCGUUACGUUGGUGUUUUCUGUUGUUGCCAUAUUUGGUGUUCACGUUGUGUUUUCUGAGAACUUCAAGUGGCCAACCUUGAGAGCUGAGCGUGUGCUGUGCCCUCUCCUCUCUUGGCAUUGCCAGCUGCUUUGGAGAGGAGGGCCACCAGUGUGCGUUUGACUAAAGGCGCGGGUCCAGCAGAAGUGAACACCUCAAGUGCCACAACGCUCUGUGCCUUUCGCCGUCUCGCCCGCUUUGUCAUCGCAGCCGACAUUCCUCGCCAGGCGGGACCACCUGUCAGAUGUGCCCACGGUGUCCCUUAGGUGGCACUCGCUGUGUCACUUGGUUACAGACUUGCUGUCACAGCUCUCAAUUACUGAUCCUGCUUUGUUCAUUUCUGUUUCUGAUGAUGAUGAUGAUGAUGAUGUGUGUCAUGUCAUAAAAUGUCCCGUUGAUUUUGCCAGUCAGUAGUGUGUAGUGGCGGAGGGCACGUCGUUCAGUGUGCAUGAUUGCUGUUUGACAAACAAAGAGCCCUGAAAUAAAGGAGGCGGAUUGUAACUCGA